AUGCUGAACGGGGGGUCCGAAGGUGAAACGGCGGUAGCGGCAGGCACCCAAGCCCCCUACCCCUUGGUGAAGCGCGACGACUACGUCCGUCUUCUUAUCCAGGCCCUAUGCGACCUGGGCUUAAAGCAAAGCGCAGACAUGGUGGCCAAGGAGUCGCGCUUGCCUCUGCACUCGGAUGCGGUGGUCAAGUUUUGCGAAGGCAUCCUCCGCGGUGAAUGGAAGGCUGUGGAGGCCCUGCUCACCGAACUGCACGUCGAUGAAGACGACAUCCCCAGCGUCCUUUUUCUGAUCUACGAGCAGAAGUAUCUGGAGCUGCUUGAGCAAGGGCGGGCGAUGGAAGCCCUGGAGUGCCUGCGAAAGGAGCUGGCACCCCUCCGCCAGGACUUUGUGCGCGUCCAUAGACUUAGCAGUUUGAUGAUGCUGACCGAUGCCAAUGAACUGAAGCAACGAGCCAAUUGGGACGGCGUGCACGGAUCAUCGCGCGCCAAGCUACUCGAAAAGCUCAGGAGAUACAUUCCCUCAAGCACGCUUCUUCCGCCCCGAAGGCUCGAGACAUUGGUUCUUCAAGCGCUGGAGUUCCAGAAGUCGCAUUGUAUGUUCCAUAACACGCAGGACGAAUCGAUGUCCCUCUUAGAGGAUCAUGCCUGCACCCUGGACCGCCUGCCGCGUCACCCCAAGCACGUGCUUACCGCGCACACGGACGAGGUUUGGUUUGUGCAGUUUUCCCACAACGGCAAAUUCCUGGCAUCAGCCUCGCGGGACAAGUCUGCAAUCAUCUGGAACGUUCAAGACGGGUUGGUGGAGCCUCUCCAUUUUUUGACCGGUCACAGCAAGGAAACGUCGUUUCUGUCGUGGAGUCCCACCGACGAGUACCUCAUCACCGCGGGAGGGGACAACGUGGUGCGGUUGUGGAAUACUCAAACUGAUUGCGCCAAGCACACGAACGCCGUGACGACGCUGGCGUGGAUGCCCGACGGGAAGCAUUUUGUGUCGGGCGGUUUGGACAAGAAGAUCUACAUGUGGGAUCUGGAGGGCCAGGACGUACACAUGUGGGACUUUGCCCGCUCGCAAAUCAACGACUUGGUGGUCUCCCCCAACGGGCAGUGGCUCAUCGUGAUCACCCAGGAGAAAAGGAUACGUCUCUACGACAUUCAGAAGGGAGAAAAGGAGAGCCUCGAGGAGAUGGACGCCAUCACAUCUCUUUCGAUAUCCGACGAUAGUCGAUACCUGCUCGUGAAUGUCGCCUCGCAGGAGGUCCACCUGUGGGACCUCGACUCGCGAACGCUGGUCCAAAAGUAUAGUGGACACAAGCAGAGCCGCUUCGUCAUUCGGUCGUGCUUCGGCGGCGUCGACCAGGGCUUCGUAGUGUCCGGCAGCGAGGACAACAACGUGUACAUCUGGAACCGGGAGCACGGCACGCUGCUGGACUCGCUCACCGGCCACACGGCGACGGUCAACUCCGUGACGUGGAACCCCAAGAACCCGCACCAGCUCGCCGCCGCCUCCGAUGACCACACGAUCAGAAUCUGGGAGUCGGAGCACGCCGGAGCGCAGCGGCACGGAACGAAGAGGAAGACCCGCGCGCACGAGGAGAACGGCGGCAUCGGGCCGGAGGGCGAGAAGAAUGGGAUCGAGAACGGCAACAACGGAGUUCACGCCCACGCCCAGGGUCACCAGGCCAAAGAGAAGGAGAAGGCCGAUGAAGAUGAGGAAGAAGACGACGGUGGUGGAGACCGCGACGGGGUGACGGCCAUGAACAUCGCGCAGGACGAGGACAGCAGCAAGCCUCACGACUGA